UGUCCCGCACGGCACGAGCACACGGCUGUUGGUCUUCGGCGCGGGACGGAUCCUCCUCUGCAGCUUCUUGCACCGCAACAUGGCGACAGAGUUCCAUAACCUGCAGGAGCUGCGGCACAGUGCAUCACUGGUAACGAAGGUGUUUGUACAGAGAGAUUACAGCCAAGGAACCGUCUGCCGCUUCCAGACCAAGUUCCCCUCAGAGCUCGACAACAGGAUUGAGCGAACCUUGCUGGAGGAGACGGUGAAGACCCUGAACUCUUAUUAUGUCGAGGCCGAGAAAAUUGGAGGUCAGUCGUACCUGGAAGGAUGUCUGGCCUGCGCCACAGCGUACAUCGUCUUCCUCUGCAUGGAGACGCGCUACGAUAAGGUGCUGAAGAAGAUAUCAGGCUACAUCCAGGAGCAGAAUGAGAAGAUCUACGCUCCUCGAGGUCUGCUGCUCACCGACCCCAUAGAGAGAGGAAUGAGGGUUCUGGAGAUCAGCCUCUUUGAAGACCGGGGCUCGGGCAGCUCCAGUCCCAGCAGCAGCAUGUCGUCAGCCGCCGGCAGCGCCCGGUGA